AGAUAAAACAACAUUCAUAUAUAAAUUGAUCAACUUGUGUCACCUAUCCUGAUUCGAUCAUCGAAAAUCAAACAUCAAAAAUGAUUACUGAAUUUUUAUCCGAUACUUUUAUGAUUAAAGCAACAACAAUGGAUCAUUUGUUUCAGAAUGUUUUACUAAUUCUAUUACGUAUUGUUGUUACAAUUUAUACUUAUCUAACAAUACCGAUUUAUUAUUUUUUACAAAAACCAAAUGAUAUAUUGAAAAAAUCAAAAAAAAUUCGUGCAAAACAAUUAAAUCCAAAUGAUCCAAAAUCAAUAUGGUUUAGUGUAUUAGAUCGAAAAGAUUAUUGUGGUAGUGUUAUUGAUAUUGUUGAAACAAUUGAUGAAAUGUGUAAUAAAAUUGGUGAAUAUUUAUCAUUAAAAGAUCGUGCUGUUGGUUAUCGUCGUGUAAUACGUGAAUAUAUUGUUUAUGGUACGGAUGGUGUAACACCAUUAAAAUCGGAUGGAAAAAUUAUUAAAAAACGUGAAUUAUCUGAUUAUGAUUGGUUAACAUAUGAACAAUUAUUUGAACGUAAAAAUAUGAUUGCAAAAGGAUUAUUACGUGCCGGUAUUAAACAUAAUGAACCAAUAGCAAUUCUAUGUGAAACAUGUGCCGAAUAUUUAAUGAUGGAAUUUGCAAUAGCACGUGCCGGUUUUGUACAAGUAAAUGUUUUUGCAACACUUGGUGAAUCAGGUAUUGCACAUGCAAUUAAAGAAACAAAUUCCAAAUAUAUUUUUACAUCAUGGGAUUUAAUACCGAAAAUUCGUUCAGUUAUACAAACAUAUAAUUUGAAUGUAAAAAAAAUUAUCUAUAUUGAACGUCGUGCUGAAAAUGUUUCAAUGGAAAUUAUUGAAAAAGAACAACAUUUUAUUCAACCAAUUAAUCAGGCACAAUUUGUAUCAUUGAAUGAAAUUGAAUCGGAUGGUCGCCAAUCAUCGAAUGAUGAUGAUAAUGAUAAUGAUGAAAUGAUUUGUAAACCAUUAGAUAAAAAUCAAGUUGCUUUUAUCGUUUUUACAUCAGGCAGUACUGGUAUACCAAAAGGUGUACAAUUAACAUCAAAUCAAAUGAUACAAGUUUGUCAUCAAAUGUUACCAUCAUUAUCGGAAUAUAUUUGUAAUGGACAAAAAAAUAUUUAUGUUGCAUAUUUACCACAAGCACAUAUUUUUGAAUCAACAUGUGAAUUUUUAAUAUUUGCACUUGGCAUACCAAUCGGGUUUGCCAGUCCAUUUACAUUAACCGAAUCAUCACCCGGUCUUGCUACAAAUACUAAAUCUGAUUUAGUUUUACUUCGUCCAACAUUUAUGAUAUCCGUACCAUUAGUAUUACAACGAAUACAGAAACAAAUUUAUAAUAAAUUAGAAUCACGUUCAUCAUUUCAUGUUCAAUUAUUUAAUUAUUUAAUGAAAUAUAAAAUUGAUUGGACAGAAAAAGGUUAUAAAACUCCACUAAUAAAUAAAAUAUUUUGUAAAAAAAUUCGUGAACAAUUUGGUGGACGUUUGGAUAAGAUAAUUGUUGGUGGUGCACCAUUAUCAACAAAUUUACAAUCAUUGAUUAAAGCAGCAUUAGAUACAAAAUUAGUUCAAGGUUAUGGUAUGACUGAAACAUGUGGUGCAUGUUUUGCUAUGGACAAUGAUGAUCUUUCAUAUGGUCGAAGUGGUCCACCAAUGUUGAAUGUUUAUGCUAAACUUGAUGAUUGGAAUGAUGGCGGUUAUCGUACUAGUGAUCUACCUCAUCCACGUGGUGAACUUUUAGUUGGCAGUAAAGCUAAUUGUCUUGGUUAUCUUAAUAAUCCUGAAGCAACUAAUGAAUUAAUUGUUAAGGAUAAAAAAUUAGGAAUCAAUUGGAUACGUAGUGGUGAUAUAGCUGAAGUUUUUCCUGAUGGUACAUUCAAAAUUGUUGAUCGUAAAAAAGAUCUGGUCAAAAUGGCUAAUGGUGAAUAUGUAUCAUUGGGUAAAAUUGAAACAACAUUAAAAAAUUGUGGCUACAUUGAUCAUAUAUGUGUAUUUGGUAAUGCAUUAGCUAAUUAUCUUGUUGCAUUAGUUGUACCGAAUGCAGAAAAAAUGGGUCAUUUAGCUAAAAUACAUCGUAUUCCAAAUGAAGCUCUACGAUCAAUGAAUCAUCGUUUAUCUGAUAUUCUAUUGAAAUCUGUUCGUGAAACUGGUAUUGAAAAUGGAUUGAAAAAAAUGGAAAUACCAACAAAAAUUCAAAUAGUAUCGGAUGAAUGGACAUCCGAUAAUGAAAUGCUUACAGCAGCUAUGAAACUUAAACGUUGUUCAAUUAAAUCAAGAUAUUUUUCAGUCAUUAAUGAUUUAUUCGAUGAUUCAUAUGGUAAUUCCACCGAAAUAUAAAUCCUCACACAACAAAAUGGAUAUUAUUCCUAAUAUAAAAUUUAUUCCACUGCAAU